AUGGAAGAGCCGGAAAACACUAGAGCCCAAGAGAUGUGGAAAGACGGCUUCAUUGAAGUGGCCAACGGAGAAUGGAUGAACAAACAACAAUUCAACUCAGCCAUCCAAGACUAUCCUGACCUGAUGUUCAAUCGUGACAUCCCAAUCCAGUUUGGUCGGAUGGCUAAUCAGAUGAAGACCCAACCAGCCCACACCCAAAUGCAAAGAGCAGUCAGUGGCCUAUCUAUACCCAAACCACCAGCCCACGCCAGAGCCGACCGAUCAUCUGACCCUCAAGUAGCUUCUUCCAUCCAGCCCGAAACCACCGGAAUCCCAAAACCGCAGGAAACGAAAGGUCCCCUGAAUGACGUUGAACCUCCAGCCAAAAUAUAUCCAGAAUCGUUAUCCCAUGUCACCCCACACCCCAGCCGAAAACUCUCUCGAAUGCCAUCAACUACCACAACCAUCGGAGCCGCCCUGGGUAUCCCCAGCCUUGCCAAGGCAUCACUCGAUGAGAUGAAAGACAUGCAUUCCAUAUGGAGUCGAACCAGGGAUCACCUGUGCAAAUCAAUGGAAGAAUUGAGAAUCGCUGGACACCACAUCAAGACCCCUAGCGCUUAUGAUAAUCUGGCUGCCCACAAUAGCCUGGUUGACAUCUUUUGCAGCCGGUUACAAGGGAGAAUCCAGGCCGCAGAAAAAUCCGGAAUAUCCAAGGAAAUCGAGGUCGUCGACUUGAUUGACUUGACAGGAGACGAUAACGACUAUCCUACCAGCUGCUUAGGUGAGGGACGACUCAAGCGUGCUAGUCGCCUGUCUGAUAUUGAAGACGAAGACGAAAGCCCUGUCCAGACCAAGAGGGCACGAAAAUCAUCCAAUGACCGACCACCCAAGAUCAUUACCUCCAAGCCACCCCAAGACAACAACCAAUCUGAAGCAGCUAGCCAUGCGAAGACUACCGAAUUCACUGUCUUGUAUGAAAACCCGCGGCAAGAAACCCAACCUGAAACACCUCGACCUAUGACCCGAUCAUCCACAAGAAGCCAAAACGCCAAGUCAUCCAAGGAUGUUCAACUUCCAAAAGAAAAGUCCAACGCUACCAAAGAACCAUUGCCCCUGCCAAACGAACCGUCUCCCCUGCCAAACGAACCAUCAACCGAGUCCAAAGAAGCCACAUCAACCAAGGGGAAAAAAAAGGCAGGAGGAAGAAAGAUGAAGAAACAAGAGGAAACUCCAGAGGAUCGAAAACAAAAGGAGGAGGAAAGAAAAAGCAAAAGGGCAGCAAAGAAAAACAGUCCUUACAAAGAUCCACCUCCACCAGGGACUUUGUUAUCCAAAAUCUGGAAGAAAUCGGAAAGCCUGAGGAUGCACAACCUCUACUCAACCAUGCUGGAAAUGUCUCGAAAUCCCCAAUGGGAUUACAACCCUGAAUUAAUGGAACUAGUCGCCGACAUGGUCCAAUGGUCAGCAGGUGACACAGAGUGUGACGAAUUUUACGAAAUGCCAGAAUUAUUCACACCAUCGGUCGAGGCCAUCCAGGCGUUAGGAGUAGCUCAUGACCCAGAUUUCAGGCACUGCAUCAGUUCAAACCCCAGGUUACUGCAGCUGGGCGCUAGAGAUCCAUUCUUCAAGCGGGAAGUCUUCAACAUAGAGACAGUCAAACAAGCCGCAACAACCAACGGCUCCUUCAAGUGCGCCUCUUGGAAGAGUUUUUACAGUAUGAUGAUUCGAGUCGACGACCAAGACGAUUUCACAGAAGACCCAGAGACAUGCCGCGGCUUCCAAAGUGCUAUUCGAAAGCUACAUAGCCUCGCCAAAUCCUGUACAGAUAACCUCCACCUCUACCUGAAACCCAACCCCGUCAGCAAAGAAGAUUCCAUCCAUUGGAAGCAGGACACCCUGUUUGAAGCUGGGCGAUUCGUCAUUGGGCAGAUCAAAACUAUCCAAGCAGGCGCGGCAUCAACGGCGAAUACGAAUGGAAAUGGAAGGACAGCAAACGGAUUACUAGUACUUCAAAAGCGCAUCUGGGAGACAUUACUCUGCUGUCUCAUGAUGCAAAAUUCUUUUUUCAUCGAUUACCUAGAAGAGUGCAUCAAGAAAAAGCACUUCCCUGACAAUUCCUUGGAAGCUGCAGCUAAAAUGAGCGAAUACAAUCAAUAA